AUGGAUGAGGAUGAAGGUUACAGAAGGAAGGCCAGGAUUGCACUUGUGGCUAUGGUGUUGAUUGCUUCCCUCGCCGUGUUUGCUUUGUUUGUUGCAUUUGCUUACUACUGCUACAUCCGCAACAAGGUCUCCAAGCGUCGCAAAAGCCAAAAAGUUGAAGACGCUAACGUUAACGAGAAAAGUGACUUUGCAAACCUGCAAAUUGUUGCUGAGGAUGGACUUCGGGUGUUCACUUUCAAGCAGCUACAUUCUGCAACGGGGGGCUUCAGCAAGUCAAAUGUGAUUGGUCAUGGUGGAUUUGGACUUGUUUACCGGGGAGUGCUCAAUGAUGGACGGAAAGUUGCAAUUAAAUUCAUGGAUCAAGCAGGAAAGCAAGGAGAAGAAGAAUUUAAAGUAGAGGUUGAAUUGCUAACUCGGUUGCAUUCUCCAUAUUUGCUGGCAUUGCUUGGGUACUGCUCUGAUAGUAAUCAUAAACUGCUGGUGUAUGAGUUUAUGGCAAAUGGUGGCCUGCAGGAACAUCUUUAUCCUAUCAGCAAUUCUAAUGUUACGCCCAUGAAGCUGGAUUGGGAAACUAGAUUAAGAAUAGCACUCGAAGCUGCUAAGGGUUUGGAAUAUCUUCAUGAACAUGUCAGUCCCCCAGUGAUUCACAGAGAUUUUAAGAGCAGCAACAUCCUCUUGGAUAAAAAGUUUCAUGCUAAAGUUUCUGAUUUUGGAUUGGCGAAGAUUGGACCUGAUGGAGCUGGUGGACAUGUUUCAACACGAGUUUUAGGCACCCAGGGAUAUGUUGCCCCUGAAUAUGCACUAACAGGACACCUGACAACAAAAUCAGAUGUGUACAGUUAUGGUGUUGUGCUUCUGGAGCUGCUCACUGGCCGAGUGCCCGUUGAUAUGAAGAGACCUCCAGGGGAAGGCGUUCUUGUUUCUUGGGCUUUGCCCCUUUUGACUGAUAGAGAAAAGGUUGUAGAGAUUAUGGAUCCUGCAUUGGAGGGACAGUACUCUAUGAAAGAGGUUAUCCAGGUAGCGGCAAUUGCUGUAAUGUGUGUGCAACCAGAGGCAGAUUAUCGGCCUCUCAUGGCAGAUGUCGUGCAGUCAUUGGUUCCACUGGUGAAAACUCACAGGUCCACCUCAAAGGUAGGUAGUUGCUCUAGUUUCCAUUCCCCUAAGUUGUCUCCGGUUCAACAUUCAGUUAAUGCAAAUAUGUAA